ACCAAAACGUCGCGCCUCUUGCUGCUCGCUGCCGCGACGAGCGCGCUGCUCCGCCCGGACCAUGGUGACGACGCGGUCGAAGAACGGCGUCGCCGGCGGCGCGAGCCCCAUCUCGCCGAACUCGAGCCCGCUGCAGAUCGCGGCGUCGAAGCGGUCCUACCCGCCGGUGCCCAAGACCUGCGUCGUCACGGGCGGCACGGGCUUCGUCGGCCAGCGCCUCGUGGAGAUGCUCGUCGAGCGCGGCGCGGCGAAGGUCAUCUCGCUGGACAUCGUGCCGGCCCCGAAGGACGCGUGGCGCCACCCGAACAUCGAGUGGCGCGUCUGCGACAUCACGGAUGAGGCCAAGGUCGCCGCCGCGCUCGAGGGCGCCGACUGCGUCUGGCACAACGCCGCCGCCGUCGGGCCCUUCCACCCGAAGCCGCUCUACACGCGCGUGAACUACGAGGGCACGCUCAACGUGCUCCGCGCGUGCAAGAAGCACGGCGUGCCCAAGCUCGUCUUCUCGUCGUCGCCGUCGACGCGCUUCACGGGCGCCGACGUCGACGGGCUGCGCGAGGACGAGAUGCCGUCCCUGCCCCUGCCCAGCUACCUCCAGGAGUACGCGGGCACGAAGGCCGCCGCGGAGCUCGAGGUCUCGAAGGCGUGCUGCGACGACCUGCUGACGGUGUCCGUGGCGCCGCACCAGGUCUACGGCCCCCGCGACAACCUCUUCCUGCCGAAUUUGCUGGAGAACGCGGGCAACGGCCGCCUCCGCGUCUUCGGCCCGGGCUACAACCGCAUCUGCUUCACGCACGUCGACAACUACUGCCACGGCCUCAUCAUCGCCGAGCGCGCGCUCGUGCCCAAGUCGCCGGCGCUGGGCAACUUCUACAUCUGCACGGACGGCACGACGCACCCCGGCGGCGAGCAGUACCUCCUCUUCUGGAAGGAGCUCGACCGCGCGGUCGUCGGCAUGGGCUUCUCGUCGCUCUGGGCCAAGUUCCACUACCCGACCUGGUUCCUCACGCCCAUCGCCGCCGUCUGCGAGGUCAUCGGCUGGAUCUUGGGCACGACGCUCAAGCUCAACCUCUUCAACGUCCGCGUGCUGGUCAUGCACCGCUGGUUCGACAUCGCGAACGCGGAGCGCGACCUCAAGUUCAAGCCCAUCAUCGCCUACGAGGAGGGCUGGACGGAGACCAUCGCCUGGUUCCGGGAGCACUGGCUCCCGACCUACGCCAAGUCCGCGUCCCUCUUCGGCAUCGCGAAGCAGUCCCAGGCGAAGAUCGACAUCCAGGAGGCGUCCCGCCAGGCGGACCUGAAGAAGACGAAGUGACUUUCUGUGGGGCGUGGCCGUCUAACUCUUAGUU